AUGGCCAAACGCAGCCUCACCCCCACCUACGCCUCACGGCUCCACAACCUCACCACGCUCAACACACCAUCCAAGCAAAUCCUGCUGCGUUCGAUCGCCGACGACAUCACCGCCGUCUUCAUCCGCAUCUCCAAGCACAUCGAGAAGGGCACGCUGGGCGCCGAGCACACGGCGCCCAUCAACGACGUCAUCGAGAUCAUCACGGGCACCGAGGUCUCUCAGCGGCGGAGACUGGAGCAGCGCGUCCGGCGGUAUGCGGUGCUGGCGCGACGGCUGAAGGGCGAGAGGGAGUGGGUGAGGAGGGAGUUUGGAGCGCUGGUGGAGCGUGUGGAGAGAGUGAGCGGGGUGUGGAGGGAGAGGGUGUUGGCUCUGCGGGAGGUGAAUCGGGGGAUGAGGAGGGAGAUGGGGAGGAUGAGGGGGGAGUGGGAGAUGGUUAAGCUGAAGAGGGAGAGGUUGAAGCUGGAGGAUGCGGGUGUUGCUGGCGUUGGCGUUGGCGUUGGUGGUGAGAGUCGGGAUGAGGCAGAAGAGCGAGCGAGCGCGGGUGGAACAGACAUAUCGAGAGCAUGA